AAAGUCAUUCUGAAAUAGACAGCAACACAAAAAGGUUCGAAGACAGCCAGUAAGCAAGAAACAAAAUGAAGAAAGAUUCUGCAAAUUUAAAAGUGCAGCUUCCUGCUCUCAUAUUUGCCCUGGAAGUCCUGAUUGUAGUCUUGUAUGCUAUCUUUGUGACAUAUGAUGAUGACACCAAUGCACUACUACAGAACAAUAUGACAAACCAUAAAGAGAAUGCCGUAUACCAAGAUUAUACCUUUUUUGCUGAUAUCCAGGUGAUGAUCUUCAUUGGAUUUGGCUGUCUUCUAGCCUUCCUUAGGCGUUAUGGAUUUGGUGGAAUGGUUUUUAACUUCCUAACGGCUACCUUUACUAUUCAAUGGGCGAUUUUGGUGCAAGGUUUUUUCAAUUUCUACUACAAUGGGAAGAUUCAUCUGGGAGUAAUAAACCUGAUCAAUGCAGAGUUUGCUUGCGCUGUUAUACUUAUCUCCUUCGGGGCAGUGCUGGGAAAGACCAGUCCUGUGCAGCUAUUAAUCAUGGCCCUGUUGGAGGUUCCAAUCUUUGGUGUUGCAGAAUGGAUAGUUGUUAAUUACCUGAAGAUCAAUGAUGCCGGAGGUUCCAUACUCAUCCAUCUGUUUGCCUGCUACUUCGGUCUGAGUGUCACCUUUAUCUUGUAUAGACCAGAUCUCAAUAACGUACACCCCAAUGAAGUUACAAGCUAUAAUUCUGACCUGCUGUCAGUGCUAGGUACCCUGUUUCUUUGGAUAUUCUGGCCUUCCUUUAAUUGUGCUUUGACCCUGAGGGGGGAUGACCAGCAUCGUGCCAUUCUUCAUACUUUCAUAGGGCUGAGUGCCUCCACAUUAACUGCCUUUGCCCUCUCUGCUUUGCUAAACAAAAAUGGAAAGUUUAGCAUGGCUGAUGUACAGAAUGUGACCCUGGCUGGUGGAGUCACUGUUGGUGCUUCAGUUGACAUGAUGAUCUCACCUGUUGCAGCUUAUGUGCUAGGAAUGCUGGGUGGCGUUGCUUGCAUGCUGGGCUAUAAGUACCUUAGCCCAUUCCUGGCACAAAGACUGCAUGUGCAGGACCAGUGUGGCAUCCACAAUCUCCAUGGCCUAACAGGGCUUAUCUCGACACUAGCUGCUAUUUGUGCCAUUCUCUUGGCUGGUGAAGAAACAUAUGGACCUAGCCUCUACCAGACCUUUUCUUAUCGAGCACCGCAAGUUGGAGACCCUAGGCUGGAGGAACUGCAAAAACUGAUCCCAGGACUAGAGGGGGGUCUGGGACGCACCGCACAAGAACAAGCUUUGUUUCAAGUGGCUGCAUUAGGAAGCACUAUUGCAAUAGCCAUUGUUGGGGGUCUGUUGACAGGACUUGUGCUCAAGCUGCCAUAUCUGGCCUCCCCGAGUGAUGCGUUCUGCUUCGAUGAUGAGCCUUUCUUUAACAUGCCUCCAGAACAGGCAUAUAUAACUAAGACUGAGAAAGAUCUAUCAUUAGAACAUGCAAAUUAG